CACCUAUCUUUGACAUUUAAGAUUAAUUUACAUAACCACACCAUUUAAUAAUCAUUUUACAACAACAAAACAAACUUAAUUAAUUCACCCACCGGUUCCUAAAGAAAUUUAUUUGGCGGGAUUUUAUAAAUAAAUUGUAAUUGCAAAAUAAAAAAUUGUAAUAUCGUAUGAAUAGAAUGUUAUAACCUAUAACUUUCGCGUCGUUGGAUCGAGGCGAAAAAAAUUGCCGUUUCACUUCUUACCCGUUGCAGUGAAAGUGACGUUUACGCGAAAAUCGAGGUUAACUCCUGUUUAAUGUUUGUAAACAUCAAAAUUUCACAAUAAAUCAAUGUGAUAUGACCAGCUCACGGAUCGUACGUGGUACAAAAACGCGAGUUUUGCUUUAUAUCGUCGCGGCAGUUGUUCUUACCGGAUUUAUAGCCUGUUUCAAUAGCACCAGAAUCGAAUUGGAUAAAGCAACUAAAAGUAAUGAAUUGUGUCAGCGAGAACAAGAAAAUCUUGCUACUCAAUUACAAGUUAUUUCAGAUUAUAAACAGGGAUUAGAGAAAAGCUUAAAGAAUGAAAAGACCGAGCAUCAACAGACCAAAUUAGAGUUAGAAAGGAGAGUUGAUGAGGAGAAGAAACGCACUGCGAAAAACGCUGGGGAGGCUACAAAACGAUUUGAUUCUUUACAGCAACAAUACAACAUUUUAAAAACUGGUCAUGAUGAUUUACAAGAAAAAUGUGCGAAAGCGCAAAAUGAUCAAUCCGAGCAGAUUAAUAAUUUAAAAGCGAGGGAGAGCGAGUUUAAGGAGCGAAUUAAGAAGAUUGAAAAGGAUAAAGAGAAUGCUUUGGAGCAUUUAAAAAGUCAAAUCGAACAUUUGCAAAACGAUAAAAUUAACCUGGAGAAUCAAUUAAAAUCAGAUCCCAGCAAAGAGGAACUUCUUCGUCUUCAAAAAGAACUUGAAAAGUACAAAGGAAAAUCAUUAAAAACAUCCGAAAAUUUUGUCCCCCCAAAUCAUUCAGAAAAUAAAACUAGUUUCAAAAAACAAAUUCCCCUAGAUUCAAACGAUUACAAAAUCACCAAUGAAGAAUCCCGCCAAAUCGACACCAACAACAACGUCGCCGAUUUACCAAAUUUAUUAUCAAACGAUAACGACACCAACAACGUCAACAAGGAUAACAUUGAUACUCAAAAUUUUCUUCAAAAACCCGGUUCAAGUAAUGCAAAAACUAGCACUCCAGCGAACUUAAAAGGUUCCAAAGAGUUCAAUUUAGCCGCUGCACCUUUAAAAAUGCCAACUGUAACUCCCGAAAGUGUUAAUAAAAAUAAAACGACCGAAACGGUGCGGAAAUUACCCGAUGGGGUUCCACCUCAACCAUUUGCACAACCGGUUCAUCAAGAAUCCGUUUUGAAAUCGCCAUCAGAUAGCGUUAUAGAUUUAAUUAAUAAUAGAUAUAGAAAUGUGGCGGAAGUUGAAAAAAAUAAAAUCGAUGAGCGAAAUGAAAUUGAAAAGGAAAAUGGGGCAAAUGAAGUUUUAGAUUUUCCGGAAGAUAACGAGGUUGGGGAUGGGAAGGAAGGAAAACAUGUUGGGGAUAAUAAUAAAGACCGGGUUUAUGAAGAAUAUGAUAAAUUUCCGCAAAAUGAUGAUAAUUUACAAGAAAAUGAAGAGGAUGAUGAUGUCGACGAAUAUGCUAAUCGCCACCCGGAACGAGAAGCGCAACGCAAUUAAAACGAUUUUUAAAAUAAGAGGGGGCAAUAAUUAAGUCAGUUGCAAUAAAAAAUUGAGUAUUUUGUAUAUAAACGUCUUUUAAGACAGUUUUACUUAAGUACUUUUUAAGAUAAGUUUAAAUACAAAAAAAAAUUGUCAUUUUAUAUGUGAUUUGUGGAUGUAUUUUCAAAAUUUACAAAAAUAUGUCUUAAAUGUUAUGCUUGAAACGCCAGUAUCUGAAUAAAGUCUCGAAUCUUAAGCAUUUA